AUGACUUCCCCAUUUUUUCAACAAAAUCUCCCCGCUUGGAAGCCUAUAUUAACUUCAAAAAAAUCCGUUCCUAUUUUUGCUUUGAUCGCCAUACUAUUUAUCCCUAUUGGAGUGAUAAUUCUUGCUACCAAUCAAAGUGUUUCCGAGAUAUCCAUUGACUACACAUACUGUGUGUCGUCUGAUAAUAGCUCAAAACACUGUUCUGAUUUGACAGUUCUUGGGGCUGGCUGCAAAUGUAACACCUCAUUUCAAGUACAAACUCAAAUAAAGGGCCCCGUGUACCUUUAUUAUGAGCUAUCAAAUUUCUACCAAAAUCAUAGGCGCUACAUGCGCUCUAAAGACGAUUAUCAGCUUUUGGGCGUGAAGCGUCAAAUUACCGAUUUGAAUUCGUGUAUUCCAUAUGCAAAUUACACCAAUGCUACCGGCUCUUUUCCCAUCUUACCAUGUGGUGCCAUAGCAAAUAGUAUUUUUAAUGACACAUUUUCCCUCUAUUUGACUUCGAAUGCGAACUCUCUUAUAAUGGAUAACACGGGGAUCGCAUGGAGUUCAGAUAUUAAUGUUAAAUACGGAAUUCUCUCGUCUACUGCUAUUGAAAACACAGUAAAGCCAGAAAAUUGGCAACUGUCGGAAAUUCAACGUUCCCCU